CAAUAAUUUCUUCCCCUCCAGGAAUUGUGGUGCUUGGAUUAAACAGAUCUCAUGCCAAGAAUGCACUUAGCAAAAAUCUUGUAAAAAUGAUGUCAAAAGCUGUGGAUGCUUUGAAAUCUGAUAAGAAAGUACGAACUGUUAUAUUCCGGAGUGAAGUCCCAGGGAUAUUCUGUGCUGGUGCUGACCUUAAAGAAAGGGCAAAAAUGCACUCAAGUGAAGUUAGUUCUUUUGUCUCAAGAGCGAGAGCAACUAUUAAUGAAUUGGCCAAUCUGCCUGUACCUACUAUUGCUGCAAUAGAUGGAACAGCCUUAGGUGGUGGCCUAGAACUUGCAUUAGCCUGUGAUAUACGGGUGGCAGCCUCUUCUGCUAAAAUGGGCCUAGUUGAAACGAAGUUGGCAAUCAUUCCAGGUGCAGGGGGGACACAGAGAUUACCUCGCACGAUUGGAGUGUCACUGGCAAAAGAACUGAUCUUCUCUGCACGUGUUGUGGAUGGUGAGGAAGCAAAAUCAAUAGGAUUGAUUAGCCACGUGGUAGAACAGAAUGAAGCAGGGGAUGCUGCAUACAAAAGAGCAUUAGCUCUGGCAAAAGAAUUCUUACCUCAGGGACCAGUAGCAAUGAGAGUUGCAAAACUGGCUAUCAAUCAGGGAAUGGAGGUCGACUUAGUAACAGGUUUAGCAAUUGAGGAAGCUUGUUAUGCUCAGACUAUUCCAACAAAAGAUAGAAUUGAAGGUCUUCUUGCGUUUAAGGAGAAGAGACCUCCUCGCUACAAGGGAGAAUAAAAGAAUCUGAUGCCUUUAAAACACAGGGGGAUAAAAGUACUUCUAUGAGGACCAUUAAGGUGCACUUUGCAUCUGCACCUGGAAUAUCACAGCCACCAAAGUAACAGCAAACCAUACAGAUGUUACAACAUUCUGAAUGUGUGUCAGCUCAUGCUCAUUACAAUUUCUCAUGGUUUCGAUCUGUGUAUUGGCAAGGUCACAGGUUCAUGCAGCAUUUUCAAAAUUUUGCGUGUGUGAAACAUACCAUUCCACAGUUGAACAAAGCUCUGUAAAUUCUUUACAUAGACAAAAACGUAUCUGUGAUGUUAAGCAUAAAUCUGCUGUAUCAUUUUAUCAAAGCAAGACAACUACUGAACACCAAAAAUAAGAAAUUGUACCAAAUAUGCAUUUAAAUGAUUCUGUAUAUCAGUAAAAAUCAUAUUUGAGUAUUCUACCUGAAUAUGUACAUUGUUAAUAAAGCUAAGGGAAAUGAAAAGGAUUAUUGUUUGGAAAAUGUUAAGCUUAGUUUAUCUUAUUUACACUGUCCUUAGUAAAAUGAAAUUCACUUCAGCACAUAAUGGUGUCCUUUUGAUUAAAUUGUUGCCAUUAUAUUAAUUUAACUGUAUUAAAUUAAACAUUUUUGAGGCCAGUCUUUAAUUAUACAUCUUGUAUGUUAAACCUGUCUUUGUCUUGCAUUCUUCCAAUGUGUCAUCUGAUCAGCACUAUCAGCUGUGAAGGAACUUUAUUUCACUUGAGCCAGUUAUUUUAAUUUUUUGAUGAUUGUAUUAAAGAUGGUUGUGGAGGGAUGUGACUAAUGCACUGUUAAAGAAACUCGAAUUAUCUUAAUCUGCAGAAUAUUACUUUUGCAGGUUCUAGGAAUGUAUAUUUAUAUACAAGAGGGAUGAUAUUGAAACGUUCUUUAUUCUAUGGUGGCCUCAGAGUUCUUUUCAUAUAUCUAAAGAGAAAUGCAGUAGGUUACGAGGUGAGAAAACGGUUGUGGUUCAUACUCUGUAUUUGCAGUGGACAUGACAUAUACAGCAAAUGUCUGGAAAUAGCCUCGUUGAAAAUAUUUUUGUUAACUUGACUGGAAAAUAAACAUGGCUUAGCAGUCGGAGGCUGUCUUUUUAUAUGAAAACAAAUUUAUUUGUGUUUGGAUACCAUUGGCUCAUGAAACUUGUGACUGCUUUGCUGUUUCUGCAACAUUAACUAUGGUCACUGUCCAUAUCUGUGAUGAUAAAGCAGCUCAUCAACAUGAAAUGACAAGAACUCAUUUACAUUCAUAUUUAGACAUACCAUUGCAUGUAAAUUGAUUAUAACUGGUAGAGCUCACACUUUGUUGACCGGUAAACUUGCUGAGUCGAUCAUUUCAUGCACAAUAAUUUGCAAAUAAAGUACUGGUGCUUGUUUUGAUAGUCAUA